AUGAAAGUGAACGAGAAGAAACGACUAACCGAGCGGGAAAAGAUGGAAAGGCGUGAGCGCAAACGCCACAAACGCCACGAUCGACUGCUGGACCGCGUGAAGCAGGAGUUCGAGGACGUGGAAAGGGAGAAAGCGGGCAUGACGGAGGUGGAAGUCACACCGGUAGCGGAGGCGGAGUACGUUUCCACGGUCAGCAUUGCCGUGCCGGGUUCAAUCAUGGACAAUGCACAAUCGCCCGAACUGCGCACCUAUCUGGCCGGACAGAUAGCACGUGCCGCUUGCAUAUUUCAGGUCGACGAGGUGAUUGUGUUCGACGAUUGCGGCUCCAGCAACCAGCUGACGGACAAGUUGGGCACAAUUCAAACGAACGAGGGAUCAACCUCCGCCCGGCGCUGCUGCAUCCAGCUGGCGCGCAUUCUGCAGUACCUGGAGUGUCCGCAGUAUCUGCGCAAAUACUUUUUCCCGCUGCACAACGACCUCAAGUUCACGGGGUUGCUGAAUCCGCUCGAUUCCCAGCACCAUCUGCGGCAGCAGAGUGAGUUCGUGUUUCGGGAGGGUAUCGUGACGACCAAACCCACCAAGGGUAACAAGCCCGGCGCGUUUGUGAACGUUGGCCUGCUGAACGAUGUGCUGGUAGACACGAAGCUUGACCCGAAUCUGCGCGUCACUGUGAAGUUGCCGGCGGGUGCAGACUUGAAGUCUAAAAAGCUCCGCGGCAAGGUAGUGCCUCCGUCCCAGCCCCGGCAGGAGACGGGCAUUUACUGGGGGUACACGGUGCGGAUUGCCAACUCGCUGUCGCAGGUAUUCACCAAGAGUCCGUACAAGGGCGGGUACGAUAUGACCAUCGGUACCUCGGAUCGGGGAAAAAACGUUCACGAACUGCAACCGGCCAGUCUGUCCUAUCAACACGCGCUCAUCGUUUUCGGUGGUGUGCUUGGACUCGAACCGGCACUGGAUAACGAUCAGAAGCUGAACGUCGAUACGGUGGAGGAUCUGUUCGAGGAGUAUCUGAACACGGUUCCAACGCAGGGUUCGCGUACGAUACGCACCGAGGAGGCGAUCCUCAUCUCCAUGGCGGCACUGGGCGACAAGCUGAAGCCGGUCAAUGCUCCCAAACCGUUCACCAGCUUCGAGGCCAUUCCGCAGAGCCAGGACACGGGCAUCAAGCAGUACGCGUUCAACGAGAAGCGCACGAAGGUGGACCCUAUGGAGGCGUUGAAGAGCGGGAGGCCCGUACCGAUUGCGAGACCCAAUGUGGAGAUAUCCCAGCCAGCACCACCGCCCGUCGACAAGUACGGUGAUAUGUCACGCUUUGAUUAGAGUGUGUAUGUGCGCCGAUGGAAUUGAUGGAAACAGAAAUAAAAAUUUAUUUACGCGCUACUUCA